CUUGACCUACCCAAGAUCUUCUCGUGGUCGAGAUUGAGAGCAACCGCCUACCCUGCCAUUCCUAUUAGACCGAAACAAAUAUGCUUUUGCUUGGCGGCAUUUUGGUCUCAAGCAGGGUGAGCGAGCGAGCCGAGAAUGUGAAGAUGUUGAAAGGUCUCAUUGAAUCUGGGUCCCGAGCCAUUGAUAUUGAGAGAGUUACACUGUGCUCUGAUUGCAGUAUUAAAUCAACUCUCAUCCGGGGCCAUGGUUUCAAGUGCCUGCUAGCCAGUAAGUAUUGGAUCCUUAACAAGCAGUGAAAGUGGAAUAUGUGAUAAAGUACAAAAGAGAUAUCAGAUGUGGCACUGUAUCUGAUCUAUGUGAAAUCUUGUGCGUGUCUAAGCAGGGAAGGAAAAGUGAUACACAUGCACAGCAAUGGCUGCUGAAAUCAUUUUGCUUGUGAUUGUAGAAGAGGGUAGUGGACACUAUUGUUAUCAAUUCAUUUGGAGCAGAGCUGCACAUGGGCUAUCUUAAUGAGACCCUUUCAGUGGCCAAAAAUGUUAAAAUGGUCAUUGGAUCAAUGGGUGCAUGUUGACUCAGGCUUCAAAGUGAGUCCUUCACCUGGAAAAACCACCAAUGCCAUAAAAAGCUCCUAGGUUUAGAGUCUGUCAAGUGUCGAGAUUAAGGUCAUGGAGGUAAUUGCUUCGGUGUGUAUGGGUUUGAAUAGUAAACUCAAAAUGUAACAUGUAAGUUAUCCUCAUUGUUUUACAUUCUCACUGCACCACUUUUUUGAUGGCCUCAUUUUUUCUGUUAAACAAAUUAGGUUCAUGUUCAAGGAAGAUCUUUGAUUUCUCCUACCACAGAGCAGGUUUUAUGGAGAAGAUGCAGAGCAAUGUGAGUAGAGCAGCUAGUCUUCUGCACCACAUUUUAGGUGCUCUUAAGUGUGCUCCAAACUCUUGUUUAGUUUUGUACCAUAUUAUGCACACACAUAUCUAGGUACGUUUUCAUUGGUUUAGGUUUAGUAGUGUUGUAAUUUCUGGGUUUUCAGUUGCAUUUCUGGACAUUCAGUACUCUUGUUGUAGUCAAAAGCUUGGGCAAGUGAAGCGUCAACCUAGAGACAUGAAGUAUAAACUAAAAAAUUGUGUUUAGAGUAUUAGAAUGUCAUGGAAGGAGAAUCAUAGUUCUUAAACAGUUCAAAUGGAUGAAAAUAGUCAUUGGAGGUGACCGACCAAAGUAGGAUAAGGUUAAUUUCUUUACUCUCAAUCGAUAUAUGUAACCCAGUUGCCAUCUUAAUUUGCUGGGGAAACUGGCCUGAGCUUUUUGAUAAAAAGAGAGGGUCUUGGCAUCCUAUGAUUAAAAGUUAGCAUGUUCUGCAAGAAAAUAGCUGGGAUCCCAAAGUGAUCCAAAGAGGGUGUAGUAGAAACCCGUGAAAUGCUAUUUCUCUAGGUAUUCUGGUUUUCUGGACUGUUGUAAGUUGUGGAAAAUAGUCAGAUGGUGAGGUUCCGCAAAACAGUAAAAUACUGAGGUUUUGGGAGGAUGGCUGGGUUGGGGAGGACGUGCAAACAUGGAUUGUGUUUGUACAAUUUGUCAACUACCAUGGCUUGAAUUUCACAUAUGUUUUGAACUCCACACGGAUUUGGGAUUUGGGAUUUGGGGUUUGGGGUUUGGAAGGAAUUUGAUUGACUUGGUGGUGGAGUUGUCUAAUGUUCUUACUAUUGGGAAUUUUGGAAUUUUGUUACAUUGCAGUCUAAAAUUUAAUUUGGAUUUUGAGGUUGGAACCUAGAUUUGAUUUUUCUUGCAAUUCCUACUUUGGAUUUCUUUGUGAUGAUUCCAUCGACCAAGGUUUGAACCCGCGGAAGUAAUUUGCAAAGCAAAAGUUCCUCCCAAGGUCAAGUUACUACUACUUGGAUUGAGCAUCAUCAGAGCUCACAACUUAUGUUUAGUUCAGCAAAAAGGACCAGAUGGCUUUUCCUGUAGCUGCUGCAUCGUGUCUCAGGAGGAGAGAGUCUAAAUCAUUUUCUUAAAUGGUAGAAGAAUCUUUAACGAUCUCUUUGUAACAAUUAGUUUCAUUUAAGUUGCUGAUUUGCGAGUUUAGUAGUAGCCAGUAGAGGUUUUGACUGGGAUAUAAUGUAGGGCUUUGUUAGCCAAUCUAGAAGUAUUUAAUCUUGUAAUUGAGAGAAAUGAGAUCGACAAUAUCCAGAAUUUCCAAUUAAAGAACCUAGACAUUUUUUUCUUUUCUUUUUUUCAUUUUCUCUCAUCUGAUUUCAUUUUCUUCUAUUUGUUUUUUAAGCAUGGUGGCUGCAUCACACAGGCCAGUAACAAACAUUACUUGAUUGGUGGAGAAUGAAACCAAACAGGGUAUAGAACUUUUUGAGAUAUCGUUAAAUCAGCUUACGUAUGUUUGACUGUAUGUAUUCUAGAUCAAUAUACUAUUUCAGGAAAAGAGAACACUUUGAUGCUGUAAGAUACUCCAACAUCUCAAAAGUCUGCCAUGAGUUUCUUAUCCCUUUGCUGCUAAACUAUUUCCCUUGUCUAAGAUGUUCUUCCAAUUUUAAACAUGUUUGUGUGCGCGUGAGCUCGAGGUUUCCUUCUUGUGACAAAGGAAUUGAAGAUAAUGUGCUUUAUGCUUAAAGCAUCCCCAAUGGUGACACAUACAUAAAACGGCAAAUAUGGCAUUCAACGUGACCCCAAAGCAUAAGAACGUCAAGCUUGCACUUCACGCAUCAAUAUCAUUCCCCAAGAAUGGGUCCUCCUCUCAAAUCCAGCAACAGAGACCUUCCACAGAAAACUCAUUCUCUAUAGAGUCUGUCGAAUCCUCGAUACGAAGUCUGUUAAGGAGCUGGUACAGACGGCAGAAAUGGCAAGUUUUAUUCAACUCCACACCACCACAAGAACUUGAUAGAGCUCCAUGGAGAACCCAUCUGGCCAGUUUCCUUGAAUCCACACCAGUUCAUGCAGUUUCUCUCGGUCUCCUCAUUAUCGAUCUCAUCUUCACCAUCCUUGAACUCUCCUCAUCUAUACUUGCUACCAGUUGCAGGCCAAACGAGAACCACAAAGCUACAGAAGAAAUCUGGUACCACUGGGUUGGAGUUGCUAUUCUUACUCUGCUUUCGGCAAAGACUAUUGCCCUUGCUGUGGGGCUCGGCACCACAUUCGUUAGGCGUCCGGGUUAUGUCAUUGAUGGGAUCGUUUUGAUGGGCGCGUUGGGGUUAGAAGUGUUUUUAGACAAGAUAGAGGGUGGGUUGCUUGUUGUGGUCAGUUUGUGGCGAGUUAUUAGGGUAGUGGAAAGUGCAUUUGAGCUGAGUGAUGAGGCCAUUGAAGCACAGAUUGAAGGUCUUGUGUGCCAGUUUGAGAUGUUGAGGGAAGAGAAUAGGAGACUGUUAGAAACCAUUGCUGAGAAAGAUCAGAUUAUCCAGAAGCUCCAGGAAGAUUCAGAUCAAUGUACAUGUUGCUCCAGUCGAAAAUCUUUACCUUAUGAAUGAUAUUGUAAAGGCCUUAAUGUAUCUUUUGGCCAAUAAUUUACAAACCAAAUGAUUAACCAUUCCCAAGUACAAUCAUGUUUUGGUUGUUCUAGGCUGAUUAAUUGAUACUUUAAUUGGGAGAAACAAUUGAAAUACUCUCAUUUCAAGUUUGUAGUUCUGUUGCAUAUGACAUAUCAUUUGAUUCAAGAGUUAACUAA